AUGCUAUUAAAGUUUGGAACGCAUAAUAACAAUCGGUUUACAAAAACGACCUUGUUAUGUUGGGGUAUAGUUACGAUUGGGCUAGGACUAGUGCUAAGUUUCAUAUACUUUAGAUACUGGGCGGCCAAAGAGAAGAUAUACACUAAACUCUGUGGGGAUAAGGACACAAGCCUUUAUGAAGAGAUAAAACUUGCCAAUGGAAUGCGAGUGGUUGUAGUUAGCAAUCCAGAUACAACCAAAGCAGCAGCAGCUCUUUCAGUUGGGGCUGGCUUUGCUAAUGAUCCUACUGAACAUCCAGGGCUGGCCCAUCUUCUGGAGCACAUGCUUUUUAUGGGCAGUGAUAAGUAUCCAGAAGAGGACUAUUACAGUAACUUUAUCGUUGGUAAUAGCGGGGUUCGCAAUGCAUAUACGACCCUGUUUGAAACCAAGUACUUUCAUGCCCUGCCGGCUGAACAUGGUAGAGAGGCCCUUUCUAUCCUCAGUCGGUUCUUCAUUGAUCCGCGGAUUAGUGAGAAUACUUUGGAGCGAGAAAAGAAGGCCGUUGAUAGUGAAAUGAAAAUGAAUCGAUCCAGCAGUAUUAGUCGUCGGCUUCUGUUGGUGUUGAAUUUAAUCAAAAAGACCCAUCCAAUGUCUAAAUUCCCGAUUGGCUCGGAAGAGACUCUAGCUAAUGCUACCCGGGCUGACUUAAUGAGUUUCUGGAAGUAUCACUACACACCGAAGAAUAUGACUUUGGUCAUCUUUGGCAAGGAAAGUCUCAAAGAGUUGAAGGGGUAUGCUAAAGAGUUCUUUGGUGAUGUCAAGGAGCACAAAGACGCCAAGUGGGAAUUUUCCGGGAAGCCUACUCAUAUCGAACCUACCACUAAACGCGACCAUUCUGACAAGUCUUAUGAACUUACAACUAAAGAGACAAGCAACAAGAUUGUGUACUAUCGGCCGUAUAAAGACGAGGAGUCUAAUACUCAGCUUGUUAUAUACGUCUUUUUGCCGGCAUUACAGUUUGUUUAUCGGGAACAUACUUUGAGCUUUUUGAUUAAGAUGAUGGAAGAUAGUAAUGAUGGGAGUCUCAGUUCAAUUCUGCUGAAAAACAAUAUCACAUCUUCUGCUAGUGUGGGUUCAGACAUGGAGAAAGAUUCAACUCAUUUUGAAUUUCACUGCACUCUCCUACAUGCUACUCCUGAGAAGAUUGCUAGUGUGUUGAACUUAAUUGAAGCUUAUCUCAAACUGAUCAAAGAAAAUGCCUCUGAGAAACUCUAUCAGAAGUACGCCAAGCUUAUGCAGAAGCAAAAGCAGAAUCUGGCGCCGGUUAGUCAGUUGAAAACCGCCACACAAACAGCCACUAGCUUGGCCUAUCGCAAACUUGAGGACGUUUUCACUGGCGAUUAUGAUUGGACUGGCUUCAACAAAGAAGAUUUUGAUUAUAUUCUCAGUAUUAUGACCGACCGGUCUAACUGGCUAGUUAUGGUUGAAACUAACAAUCUUUUCCCGAACAAGCCCCUUUUAUCUACUCCCCAUUUUGACGUGAAGUACUUCAUUGAAGAAGUCUCUAAAGUAACUGAUUUGGAUAUUGAUGCCCUUCAAAGCAAGCUUGCUUGGACAGCUAAGGACUUGGCAGAGGAAGUGGACUUCUCUACUGCUCGUGGCAAGAAUGUCUCAUAUUCCCUAGGAUCAACGUUCAAAAACAUCAAAGAAUGCGAUAUUCCAGCCGAUAAAGAGAUUGAACACUUUUCCAUCACUGAAGAUGGCUUCGAAGCCCAUUUAAUCCACAAGCGAGACAUCCAUUCCAAAGAUGCCCGUAUCACUAUCUAUUUAGGAUCUGAUGAUAUUUAUAAGAACAUCAGCACCUUUGUUUCUUUCACCGGGUAUACGAGAGCAUUCCCUAAUAACUUCUUCCUUGCCCACAAUGAAGAAAUGCAGAUGUCCGGCGUAUCGCUUGAGCCUAUCAUUGAACGAUUUGGCGCUGUGUCAAUGACUUUCACCGGCAACCCACUUGUGCUUGAAGAUCUAAUUCGGAUCUUCUUUAAAGAGUUCAAUGAAAGGAAAGAAGAGCUGCUUACUCAAACAAUUAACGCCGCGAUAACCAAGCAUAAUGGCUUAAAGCAGUCAAUUCCCGCUGAGAAGCUCGCCCCAGGUCUAUUUAGGAGCAAAAACUACUACAAGUAUCUAGAUGAUGAGGCUUGCAUUAAGGCAGCUCAUAACUUAACCAUCAAGGACUUCUUCUCUAUCACAGAAGCAGACAUUAAGCUUUAUGCCAUUGGCAAUCUCACUCAGUCCGAAUUCGCUCGUAUUUGCCAGGUCGUUAAAGCCAAUGUCACGCCUAAUGCCCAAAAGAAGUUCGUCUUGCCACAGCCAUCCUUGACCCAUGUUGAUGUGGCCGUGCAUGACCAGGAGAACAUCGCUCUCUUAGUAUCCCAUGAGGUGACUAAGUUUGGGUCAGUCAAAAAUCUCAUUAUCGCCGAUUUGAUUUGUCGGUUCACAGCCAACAAGUUCGCUGAUAAGUUACGAACCAAAAAAUCAUACGGAUACAUAGUCCAGACGGGCUCUAUCCCUUUAUUUGCCCAAAGCCAUCUUAUCUGGGUAGUGCAAACCACUUAUCCCUACGAAACAGUCAAGACAGAAAUACUAGAAUUUAUUGCCACUAUCGCCUCUUUAAUUCGAGAUCUCUCCUCUACAGACUUUGAAGGAACCAAACAAUCAUUGAUCGCGUCCUACCAACAUAAAGUCGGCAACCAACAAGAGUAUCUCACCCAGCGCCUCAACUUCUGGCGCUUCCAUGGCUUUGACAUUAAUCAUUUCGAUAAACUGGCCGAAUUAACUGCGGCUGUAACCCAAGAGGAGCUGGUCGACUAUUGUGCCACUGAGCUUUCCAAAAACAUCACCACUGUACUCGCCUCUAGCCAGGUGACUACGUCUUAG